GUCCAUGGAUGUCUUGACUUACCCUAUGCACCGCCACCAACGGGACGGAGUCCUGACGGCGACCAUUUACCAAUGUUACCGCCUAACACUUGUCUUCACUCCAACAAUGAUGUGCUAUGCUAGGCAUGCCACGAGGCUCACUUCACAGGCUGCCAGAAUGCUAUGUGGUGUAACCGAAAAAUGCCUGGUCACUGGUCACACGCUAGCUGCAUGAUGCAUCCUGCAACCGUUUACCGGUAAUACUAGCUUGCUUGGCUGGGCGUUCCCGUCAGGGGCCUGAUGAGAUAGGUAAGGUUGGUAACAUGGUAUGACUCCAUUCUCGAGCUCGGAGCUUGAUGUCUUGGUUUCACUGCAUUGUUUCUAUAUAAUACGGCGAGCUUUAGUGCCAACACGUCAGAAGAGCAGUCGCCUUGUAGAAUUCACUCCCUUCACGCUCGUCCAACCCUUCCUCUAUCUCUACCUGACGCUCACUCACUCCAAACCAAACAACUUCGCCAAAAUGUCGUACAGAGUCGCCGCCCCCGAUGAAUACCUCGCCAUCACGGGUAUGUCCGUGAAGACGGUCAAGAUCACAAAGGCCGCCUGGGUUUGGCCCUUCCAACGCUGCAUGCGCUUCCGCAUCACGCCCCAUGACUAUGCCAUGAGCCUCCAGGCCAUGACCAAGGAGAAGCUUCAAUUCCUCCUGCCCGUCGUCUUUACCGUCGGUCCCGACGUCAAUCAGCGCGGCGCCAACGCCGCCCAUCAAUCCAACCACCACUCCGAUACCUCGGAGCAACAGCAGCACGAUGAGGACGACAGCUACAUGUCUUCCAACCGUCGCGAGGACCGCGGCGACGCCCUGAUGAAGUACGCUAUGCUUCUCGCCGAGUCCGCCGACAAGAAGACAAGCUCCCUGCUCCACCUCGAGAACAUCGUCAAGGGCAUCAUCGAAGGUGAAGUCCGUGUCCUGGUCUCCAGCAUGACCAUGGAAGAGAUCUUUACCGAGCGCGAGGUCUUCAAGCGCCGUAUCUUCCGCAACAUCCAAUCCGAGCUCAGCCAAUUCGGCCUCAAGAUUUACAAUGCAAACGUAAAGGAGCUCAAGGACGCCCCCAACUCAAACUACUUUGAGUCCCUCUCCCGCAAGGCCCACGAGGGCGCCAGCAACCAGGCCAGGAUCGACGUCGCCGAGGCUCAAUUGCGCGGUAACGUCGGCGAGUCGAAGCGCAAGGGCGAGCAGGAGCGUGAAAUCGCAAAGAUCAACGCCGAGACCGCCGUCCAGAAGACGGACCGCGACAUCGAGCGCGCCACCGCCGAGGCCAACCUCGACACCCGCCAGGCCUCUCUCAGCAAGGACGUCGAAAUCGCCCGCGUCGAGGCCCGCCGUGCCCUCGAGUCCAAGGACGAGGACCUCAAGCGCGAGGUCGAGCUCAAGCGCGCCGCCGCAGAGAUUGAGCGCCUGCGUGCCACCGACGUCGUAAAGGCCACUAUCGAGCGCGAGGCGCGCCAGCAAGAAGCCGACGCCGAGGCCUACGCCAUCGAGGCCGAUGCCAAGGCGAACUUUGAGAGGAGCCAGCGCGAGACCGAGGCCAAGGCCUACCAGACGCAAAAGGACGCCGACGCGCAUACUUCGGCCGAGUUCAAUCGUACCACCAAGACGGCUGAUGCAAACGCCUAUAAGGCCCGCCAGGACGCAGAGGCGCACCAGUACUCGGCGCAGCUCAACGCCGAGGCCGAGCUGGCCAUUAUGCUGAAGAAGGCUGAGGGCAUGUCUGCCAUGGCGGACGCCUACGGCAAGAUGUCGACUGCCUUUGGCGGGCCCGCCGGUCUGCUGCAGUACCUCAUGAUCGAGAAGGGCACCUACGUUCAGCUCGCAAAGGCCAACGCCGACGCCAUUCGCGGCCUGCAGCCCAAGAUCAGCGUCUGGAACACUGGUAGCCAGGGUUCUGGUGAGGGUGGUGCCAACUCCGGUAUCGAUACCAUGCGCAACGUCUACCAGAUGUUGCCUCCUCUGAUGACGACUAUCAACGAGCAGACUGGCAUUACGCUGCCCGAGUGGCAGUUUGGCAAGAUGAAUGCUGGUAUGCAGGCUAUGCAGAGUGAGAACGGCGCCAAGGUCAAUGGUGCCAAGUAAGGGGAGACUCAUACCACAGACACUCAUUUAGAGGAUUGAUGAUUGGAGCAGAUCGGCGUUGAUGGCUUUUUUUUCCUUUGCUUAAUUCACGAGUUUGAUACCACAGCAGGGAGGCCGCGGUCGAUUUUAAAGAUUUUCUUUGUCUGUAGUUGUACUUUUAGAUGAAUGGGGUAGUUACCUAAAGUAAUAUUAUCUUCUUGACUUACA